CUGUAAGCAAUAAUUUUGGACUUUGUGAAAUUUGAUGACUUUUGACCUGAUCUAGCAUCACCAAAUUUGGAACUGCAAGAGGGAAUCAGGUAUGGGGCAUCCAGUGGUUAAGUCCCACAGUGUUUGGUCCUGUAGGCCCAAAAUCUGAGCUGUCUGCAUUGACUUGUAAAAUAUUCCCCUCACAUUUUUGAGGUGUUUGACCUCAGGUCAGGUCUCAUUAUUGCCUCCCCAUGAUUCACCUUAUUGCACAGAAUCCAUUGGUGAAGGUUUUAAAGUGAUCCAGCAGGCCGUUUCCAAAAACUUGCAUGUCUGCGUCAUAUGCCAGUUUUUUAGACCCUGCCUUAUACUCUCGACUUUCCUCACAGAGAUUAAGGGUCAUAUCACAGUGUGUAAACGUAAUCAUGUGGUUUGCGUUUUUAGCAAGAAUAUAGCUAAUGAAUAUUUUCGUCUUUAAGCUUUUGGCUCAUCAGUUUGCUCCCUGACUUCUGAAAUGAUGUUCUCCAUCAUUCCUAGUUCCUUGAGAGCUUUAGGGCGGCGGAGAGAUGCUGUAUCCCGGCAUGCUCGCACCCUGUUUGGCGCUGGUCGGCUGGGCGUGGACGAGUACCGCCAGCGGCGGACCCAGGUGGGCCGGCGUCUGGCCGACUCUAAGGAUGAGCUCCAUCAGCGCCUGGAGAAGUUCGCCAGUGGCCUUGAGCGUAUGGCCUUCUCAGAGGAGCUACGUCAGCUGGUACACGUGGCCGAAGCUGAAGAGCAAGACCAAGUGCUCCUCACGCGCAUGAUAACCAGGCUGCAUUCACAGGCUUCAUCGGUGCGAUUCGGUAGUUUCGUCUUUGGUCCGGUCGUCAUGCGAAUGUACUGGCACCAUCAGCUGGCAGAUCAGGCACUUCAGGCGUUCCGAAAUCCGGAGCUGGACGGCUUCUUUGACCAGCUGACGAGCUUCACGCUGCUGCUGGACCUGCUGUACAAGCAGGGUCGGUACCAGGACGUGCUGGACACCUUCGAUGAGGUGCAAACACGGCAGCUACACGGCUCCAAGUACCCGGCCGACUGCGUCGCCCUGGCCAUGGCCGCCUGCUACCAGCUGAACUCGGCGGCGUCGUUUGAGUACGUGCGCGACCUGCUGUUGCGACUGGAGGAGGUGGGACACGCCACGUCGCCGCGGGCCGUCGCGCUGGCGGUGGCACUGCUGUUGCGCCAGGGGGCGCCGGACGAGGCGCUGCGGCUCCUCCGGCGGCGGAGGGACACGGCCAAGCCCCUGCUGCGAGACCUGUUGGCCCUCAGCCUGGCCGACCUGGACCGGCCGGCCGAGGCGGUGGAGACGUUGGGACAACCACUGCUGGCCGACCUGCCGUACAAGCUACGAGACGGCUUCGCCGUUGUCUCGGACGCCGUUGACCGCGUCGAGGCUUCUGUGCAAAGGAAAAAUGACGCCCAGGUGAACGCCAAGUGGCAGAGCGUGAAACAAGGCCUCCAAAGCUACGGACUCACUAGGGACGCGACCCUGGAGGACGCGCUAACGUCGCCGAUCCUGGGGUUGCGGAAACGGCUGGCGCCGAACGACGUGGGCGCCUCGUUCAACCGGGGGUCAGCGGGCGCGGCGCACGCCCACCCGGCCCGGCCUCACCGACAUGGAGGACUGAUGCCGGCCGGCCAGCCGGCCCGACCGCGCUGAGGCUGGCCUCUAGCUC